AUGGAUCACUCCAGCUUGCACGAGUUCAUCAUCUCCUCUUUUCUCGAGAACCAACGUGCUCCCACCGUCAACGACAUCGCCACCCGCUUCGAAAGCGAUGCAGCUACGACGAGGCACGGCCUUCAAGCCCUGGCAGAAUACCAUGGGGUCGUGCUACACCCCAAAUCCGACGAGGUGUGGGUUUGCCAUCCCUUCUCCGCAGCACCCACGACCUGCAUCGUAUCCUCGGGGGAUCGCAAAUGGUGGGGAAACUGUGCCUGGUGCUCAUUCGGCGCGAUGCACCUCGCAGGCGGAACCUCGACUUUGACGACGCGGACUGGCGCCAUCGGCGACGAAGUGACAAUCACAGCUCGGGACGGACAGCUGGUGGACACGGACGAUUUCGUGAUUCACUUUCCAGUGCCCAUGACCAACGUCUGGGACAAUGUGAUUUACACCUGCUCGGUCCAGCUGCUGUUUCGCAACGAGGCCGAGGUGGACGAAUGGUGUGUUGCGAGAGGGAUCGCAAAGGGAGACGUGCGUCCGAUCAAGCAGGUCUGGGACUUUGCGAGGGAGUGGUACGGCCGCCACGCCGACGCAAACUGGAAGAAGUGGACUGUGCGCGACGCCGUCGAGAUCUUUGGCCGUCACAAACUGACUGGGCCAACGUGGAAUAUCGGAGACGAGGCAGGGCGGUUCUGA